CUUUCUCUGCUACCUCCAUGUGUCUUCCUCCCCGCCUCGCCCUGUCCUCAUCUCCUCUCGUCAGAUAGCGCGUUUUAUUUUGUACACUGGAUAACCAGAUCCCAGCUCGAACUAUAUCUCACUUCACUCAGUCUGCAGAGCAACACUGUUCUGCCCGGCGGCGUUCGUGAUCCCCGUCCGCAAUUACCCACCUCUUUUCUCAGAAGACUCAACCAGGGCCUUCACUCAACCUACCAGCUAUCUAAAUAGUGCCGACAUGGCUCGCUCUUGUACUCCGCCUCCGCUUUCAGACAGAAAGAGGAUCAUCGCAGAUGCUCAUCGCAGGCGAUCUUUCGCUCCCGCACGAUCUCCUGAUGCUCCCACAGACUCUGACGAAGUGGAAGCAGACUUGUUUGAAAACCAAGACGCGAUGGAGGUUGAUGAGUCGCCGUCCGCAGGUGCAGCGAGAGGUAGGAGCAGGAGACAGGCCAGGAGUACGGGCCUGGUUGGAAUGGGCAGCAGUCGCGCGAAUGGCCGAUCAAAACCUCCAGAGACACCCGAACGCGAUGCGGAAGGCCUUGUUCUUCCAACGUGGACGCCUUUAGCCGUGCCCAGCACAUCUUCGAACGCUUCCGACGCGUCCGAGCCACUACCACCGACAUCAGACUCAGAUAUAACGGUACAACGCGCUGACCAUUCAUCGUCACGUCAAGCUGGCCCACUGGCUACAACUAGUACAGUCAAAACUCGUGUUGGGCCCAAGACGAAGCCUCACACUCAGUCGCCUCCUUAUAACCCGUCCGAGGAGUUCCGCAUGUCCUUGGACGCACUGCGAUGGCUACCUCCAAGUGCCAUCCCUUCUGGUUUGAUUGCAGCUCCUCCCGGGCUGGCAGAUGGUGAUAGAGCCAGAACUAAUCGGGCAAUAAGCGGAAACCCCGAUACUAUUCCGAAUCCUGGCCCAUCACACAAGAAACAACGCUUUGAAGUUUCAGAACGAUCGACACCCUCGCCUUCCAACGCUCAAAACAACUCUGCGCGUAUAUCCGACGGGAUGUACGCCACUGAGGCUGCACGAAGCAAGGGCAAAGGAAAGGCACGAGAAAUUUCUCCGGAGGUCCCCGCGCCCGACCUGUAUGAAGAUGUCGAGCAGACAGAGCACAUCACUGAAGAAUCAUUGAGCCCUGAGGUGCCUCCACCGCCUCUCCCAGGCGAUGAUUUUGAAGAAACCAUGUCAGUCGAUGUGGAAAUUCUCGACUCUGAACCUGAACGUUCUCCACCGACCAUCGCUUCAGGCGAAAAGGCGGGUCUGCGAUCUCGGGCAAAGGUUAAACCCGCAUGGCUGGAUACUUCUCGAAGACAGCUAAAACCCGGCCAGCGCUACUUUGUGGGCAAGCGUCCACCACCGUAUCCUACUCAAUCACAAAGGGUGGACAAGGGAAAAGGAAGAAGAACAGACCUCCAGGUACGCCCGCUU